AUGUCGAGUGUCUUUUCAGUCUCUGCAAGCCCAGGCUUCCGGACGCAGUAUGACCCGUAUACGAUGGUGACCGUCACGGCAGUCCAAACGGAGACCGUACGUCCAACGUGGGUGUUUACAUUGACCGGCGCAAACGUCACGUCGAGUACCAGUACUAUUCCGUCGCAAUCGCAAAACUUGACGACUGUGUCGACUGAGACGACUGAGCUUUCAUCAUCCAACACUGCAGUGCCAACUAGUUCAACUUCUACCACCACGGACAUCUCGCCGGCACCAAGCCCAACUACAUCGCCGCUGUCGAGUCCAAUGGAAUAUCACCCAACUUCAACCACUGAAUCUUCGUACACCGACAUCUCAAGCAGUAUCGUUGCCACAUUGUCACUGGCCAGCUCACGUACAUCGCGAGACUCUCCAUCUACAGUCAAAGCAACCAUCUCCCCAAGUCCCAAAACCAGCUCACCCACGACAACCAUGGCAACCACAACGUCAAACGCGCCUCAAACAACAACAUCCCCACUGACAGGAGUCGUCACGAACGCAACCUCAAACGCGUCACCUCACUCAUCCCUCUCCCCCUCCACCAAAACCGGCAUCAUAGUCGGGAGCGUGAUUGGCGGUACCGCCGUCCUGAUAUUCCUCCUCGCCAUCCUAUUCCGCCUUCGACGCAAUCGCUCCCCAGAACGCGGUAUCAAACAACAUCUUUUGCGCCCCUCCAUCAGCUCAACCCGCCACUCAUCCCCAACCCUUCCGACCAUCUCCGGCCCAAUUCCACCACCAAUACGCCCCGUCCUCGCCGCCCACUCAAAUCCCGACCUGUCACUGGAUAGCAUGUACUGGCGCCGUGAGCAGCCAAGUAACUUCGCAGCCGGUUUCCCGCCCUCUGACAUUCCUGCAUCUCGGGUGGCUUCCUUCUACUCUACGUCUUCGUGGGAUGGUGGUUUGGGAUUACAGGAGUAUUGGGAUCUGGAACGUGGGGAACUUUCGAAACACGAUAGUAUGCGCAGUAACCCGUUUGAUCUGGAGCCCCCACCGAGUGCGCAUCGGCCACCCGUUCCUGUUCCAACGCCGUGGGGCAUUAAAUUCUAG